AUGGAAAAUCAGGGAGGAGAUUACGGUGCAAACGGGUUCUCAAACUCUCCAAACAAUAUGAAUGCAAUGUUCAACAAUGAAAAUAUUGGUAGGAGUGAUGUUUCAAACCCAAACCACCAGCAGGGUUCAUUACGUUUGAUUCCAGAAACCCAAAUGUGGUCAAUACCUGUACCGGAUCAGCUAAUGACUGUGUCUAACAGAGAAACCCCCAUUAUGUCAAGCAAUGUAGUAGGCCCAAAUCUUUCCGUAAACGUGGCUUACCCCAACACAACAUACUCACCAAUGGAGCAACAGUCCCAAAUACAGAUACAACAGCAAUCUGAUGUUAGCACGAUGAUGGAACAUACUAACAGUAAUGAUUUAAGCGGUUCCGGUAAAAAUCUCAAGAAACGUGUAUCAAAGGCCUGUGAUCAUUGUCGAAAGAGAAAGAUCAGAUGCGAUGAAGUAGAUCAAUACACUAAAAAAUGUUCAAACUGUGUCAAAUUUGAAUCACCUUGUACUUUCAAACAUCGUGAUGAGAUUCUCAAAAAGAAAAGAAAACUAGAGAUCAAACAAAAUUCAGCACCAGACAAAUCACCUCAAGCUCAAAACAACGUCCCUAAUUCCGUCAGUUCUUCAAUAGUAGGUAAUAAAAGCGAGUUUGAAUCCUUCAAUAGCAAUGUUUCCCUGGAAAACAGUAUUAUCAACAAAGUUUCCGAUGUUCAGAAUAGCCUUAACCGGAAAAUGAACUUAAAAAUAGAAAAGUUGGAUAGAAAAAUGUCCUACAUUAUUGACAAUGUGGCUAGGUUUGAGUGGUUAUUGGACAAGGCACUCAAAAAGCAGGAGGACAAACACAAGGAAAAGAGCAACUUACCGAAACCAGCAAGAAAGAUAUAUUCUACGGCUUUAUUAACUACACAAAAACUUUAUUGGUUGAAACAAAGUUUAGGAGCAAAUAUAUCGAAUGAAGAGUUCCUCUCUCCUCUUAAUGAGAUAUUAGGCAUAUCUUUGAAGUGGUAUGCCACUCAGAUGAAAAAAUUUAUGGACCUGUCGUCUCCUGCUUUCUUCUCGAGUGAAAUAAUACUAUACUCACUACCUCCGAAACAGCAAGCGAAAAGACUCCUUGAAAAUUUUCAUGCUACUUUACUAUCUUCUGUAACUGGUUUAGUAUCGUUAAAGGAAUGUCUAGAUUUGGCUGAGAAAUACUAUAGUGAAAGCGCUGAGAAACUCACAUACCCUGAACACUUGCUGUUGAAUGUAUGUCUGUGUUCAGGCGCAUCAGCGACUCAAUCAAUCACAAGAGGUGAUUCGAAAUAUUUAAGAAAAGAUAGAUACGAUCCAAAUUCUCAAGAGUUAAAAAUGAUCGAAAAUGUUGCUUUAUUAAAUGCAAUGUAUUACUAUCAUAAACUUUCUACAGUAUGCUCAGGCACAAGAACAUUGCAGGCAUUAUUACUUCUGAACAGAUAUUUUCAACUUACGUACGAUACCGAACUAGCGAAUUGUAUUUUAGGAACAGCAAUUAGAUUGGCGGUUGAUAUGGAAUUGAAUAGAAAAUCCUCUUACAAGUCGUUAGACUUUGAGGAAGCCAUAAGGAGAAGGAGUAUGUGGUGGCAUUGCUUUUGUACAGAUAAACUAUAUUCUUUAAUGCUAUCCAGGCCUCCUAUAGUGGGAGAGCGAGAUAUGGAUAUGCUCACAGAUCAAAAUUAUUAUGAAGUGAUAAAAACUAAUAUUCUACCUGAUCUUAUCGAUAAAAAGGAAGAUUUUGAUAAAAUAACUGAUGUUAACUCUGCAUUGAACAUUGUUGUAAAUUUUUGUCAGCACAUAUCUAUUUUCAUAUCCUAUUAUGUUUCAAAGCUAGUCAGCAUUGAGAGUAAAAUAUACUCUACUUGUUUUGCAGUCAGAAGUACUCUAGACCUCUCAUUUGAUGCUAUGCUUGAUAAAAUCAAAGAUCUCAACGAUUCCUUAAACAACUGGAGGAAUAAUUUACACGUAAGUAUGAAACUUAAAACUUACAAACAGUACUUAUCGGUGCUUUACGCUCAAAAAUCUCAAGAAAAUCCUGCUUUAAGUUUUGAAAUUGCGUGCUCCCGUGUCUUGCAUUGCCAUUUUAGGGCACUCUACUCUAAAGUGAUAUUGAGUAUGGUAACGACGUCUCUACUGACUGACAACAAACGGCUAUAUAAAGGUUCUAGACACGAUAUUCCUCAGAUAUACAUACUCUUUUCAAGUCAGUUCUUAAACGCUAGUAAGGAGAUGUUACAAUUGUUCCAAGGCAUUGACUACCAAGCACACAUGUAUAACGAGAUUAUGUAUCAGUUCUCUACUGCUGUUUUUGUCCUCUUCUUCUACGUUGUAGACAAUAUUACUAAUCCAAAAACGAAAGGUGAGGUGAAAGAAACCAUUGAAAUUCUAAAAAAAUCAUACGAUCACUUGGUGGGUGAAAAUGAUGAGCAGUUGCUGUUUGAUAAUGUGAAAUGGAACACUUUGAUAGUAUUUUACAGUCACUUUCUAAAAUAUGUUCUUCAACGUUAUCAUCAAUUAAACAAUUCCAUGUCGCAAUUUGAUCCUACAAUUUAUGAGGAAAUAAUCACGAAAGUUAUCACGCAUUCAAGGAAAAUAAAGGACGAAACUGUUGACCAACUAAUUAUGAGCCUGAAAUCAUACGGUUCUUUCCACUCUUUACAAAAGGAUAAUGAAGCCGCUCUUGCAGAUGAUGUGCUCAACGCGAAUGAAAUUGAUCUAGAAGGGUUUGCCGAAGAAACCCCGAUAAACUUGUUUGGCGAGUUAUCAGUCGACAUUUUGAAAAUGUUAAAAUCGCACUCCCCAGUCUCCAAUAUUGGAAAAAUAUCACCUCUUUCGAGGAAGAAAGGAAUGUCGGACGAUGUUUCCCUCUAUCCAAUUCGAUCCGACUCGACGUCUUUUGUUUACUCUAUCCAUAGCUCUGAUACGGGAGAUAAUCUUUCUGAUGAUUUGGAAGACCUGGAGAACUCUGACACUACUAGCGAUACUGGAAUAAAGAAAGAUUUCGAGGCUUUUAGUGCCUUACUACCGUUAGGAAAAUUAAUCUACGACAGAGAUUAUUCCUUCGUCAACACUUUUAGGGAUUAUGAAUAA